AUGCAGAUCCUCUGGUGUGCUGGGUUAUUUGGCGUAGCCUACGCCACCACACAGACUGUUCUACGGACAGAAGAGCCUCUAACAACAUUUCGGAGCUCAUAUUCGCCUGCUUAUUCGGUCCGCAUCCGCCAACAGGAUGAGACAGUCUGUGCCGCAGGUUCUGCCCAGUACACCGGAUGGCUGGACAUCGGACCCAAACAUCUGUUCUUCUGGUAUUUCGAGAGCCAGAACGAUCCAGUUAAUGACCCACUCACCCUCUGGAUGACUGGUGGGCCGGGCGCCUCAAGCAUGCUGGGUCUGUUCCAGGAGGUCGGUCCCUGCUUGAUCAAUGAGCACGGCAAUGGCACUGUGCACAAUCCCUGGGCUUGGUCCCGGAACUCCUCCUUGCUUUUUGUCGACCAGCCUGUUGAUGUUGGGUUUUCCUAUAUUGAUGAGGGUCAUGCGCUUCCAGUGGACUCCGCGGAGGCCGGGAUAGACAUGCAUCGUUUCCUGCAGCUGUUUGUGUCCGAGGUCUUCCCGCAGAAGCGUUCAUCUCCUGUCCAUCUUGCAGGCGAAUCAUAUGCGGGACAAUACAUCCCGUACCUUGCGGCCGAGAUCCUGCGCCAGAACGAGCUAUAUCCCACAGAGCCCCAGGUCAACCUGCAAUCGUGCCUCGUAGGCAAUGGCUUCAUGUCCCCUAAAGACACAAUAUACGGGUACUGGGAGACCCUCUGCACCACGAACCCCGGUGUUCCCACGCCAGUGUUCAACAAAACCCGAUGCGACAUCAUGGCCGAGAACAUGCCGCGGUGUAUGGACGUCGCCGAGACCUGCAAUCAACAUCCGGAUCCUGCUAUCUGCCAAGCCGCGAGCUCUGUCUGCUACGAGACCGUGAUGGGGUUUUUUGAAAAUGAAGUGGGAAAGGGCGGCCGCAACCGCUUCGACAUCACGGCCCCAUGCGAGCUUGAUGAGAUGUGCUAUAUCCAGGUAACCCGCAUUGAACAGUACCUGAACACUCCAGCCGUAUGGAACGCCAUCGCACCGCCCAAGGAGGUUAAGAAAUAUAGCUUCGAGUCGGAAGCUAUAGUUCAAGCCUUUGACACCACGGCCGAGGGCAUGACCUCUUCAUCUGAUCUGAUCGUGGCCCUGCUUUCCCAAGGGAUAGAUUAUUUGGCCUAUCAAGGGAACCUCGAUCUCGCUUGUAACACAGCCGGAGCCCUGAGAUGGGCUAACUCGCUGCCCUGGAAAGGUCAGGUGGAGUUCACGGCACAGCCUCUUCGACCUUGGACUUCAAACGUAACCGGCCACGAUGAGACUGUCGGCACCACCAAAGAAGUCCGAAGCCAUAUGGAUAGCCGCGAGAAGGCGUCGCGGUUUGCUCUUGUUACAGUGGACGGGGCCGGCCAUCUGCUUCCUCAAGAUCGGCCUGAUGUUGCGUUUGAUGUCAUGCUACGGUGGAUUACGGGGGCAUCUUUUGCAUAG